AAUAAAUAAUUUUUAUUAUACCGAAAGAAUUUCGGUUUAAAAAACGUUAUAGUUUUUCCAGAAAGCUACAGUUCUACGGUAGGCGGCGAGCUGGCGCAGGUUGUGAGGUGCCCGUGGACAAUGAGAGACAGCGGAGGCAGUCUGGCACAGAACCUCUGGGCAAAUGAACCUACCCUGCCAGGGGGGCAAGAGGGUAGCGGGGGCGGAGGCAUUGGAGGGAUGCAUCUCAUGGAUCCGGUCUCAGCUCACCAUGCGCCCAGCCCCAUACACCUCAAGCUGGGUCGGCAAGAGAAGGGAGGGGUAUGGGGAGCAGAAUUUAUGGACCAACAAGAGAAUGAAGAAGAGGAGGAAGAGGGAGAGGGUGAACAGGAAGAGGAAGGGGAAGAGGAGGAGUAUUAUGAGGGCCACAGCUGGGAUGAAGGAGGGGAUGAGGAGUGUGGAUUACCACAGCUGCCCCAGGAACUGCAGCGGCAGCAGCUGCAGCAGCAGCCCGAACACAAAGGCUUGGACUCGCUCGGGAGCCCUGCCUGGACACGGCCUAACGUGUUAAAGGUACGAAGGCUGCAGAGCUGGCGGAAACUCAGAAGGAACGCCAGCCUGCGCUCCCGCUUAGCUCUGCACUGGAAGACCUGGCGCCAGUGUGCCCAGUUUGGUGGAACACCCGGGCACAGGCGCGUGAGGAGGCGGCGCCAGCACGGCCUGUAUGGGAACUGGCUGAAUCGGAAUCAGCCAGGAGAGCUGCUAUUUAAUGGAGAGACAGAAGGGUUUUUUGGGGGUUCAGGACAGACGGACCGCCAGCCUUGUGGAAUGAAUGGGUUCCCUGGGGAGAUUCAUAUCAGCCGUGCAGUCAGCAUGGUGGAAACAGGGGAGCAGAGCUCACCUCCAAAGUGUCAUGGCAGCACCCCAGCUCCCCCACGGGACAAAGCCCCUGCUCAGAAUGCGCUUACUGAUGAACACAUGAGUUGUAUCCAAGGGAUCCUAGAUGAGUUCCUGCAGCAGUAUGGCAGUCUGAUUCCCAUCCACACAGAUGAGGUGGUGGAAAAACUGCAGGACAUCUUCAGUGAGAGCUUCUCUCAGCCCCACAGGAAGGCGGUGGUGCAACAACAAAUUCAGUCCCACCAGCGGCUCUCAGGAAGCACCAUGGUGCGAGGAUUCCGUGUAAACUACAAGCGCCAUGUUCUAACUAUGGAUGACCUCAGCACUUUGUAUGGGCAGAACUGGCUCAAUGACCAGGUCAUGAAUAUGUAUGGGGAUUUGGUGAUGGAUGCUGUGCCUGAUAAGGUUCAUUUUUUCAACAGUUUUUUUUACGACAAGUUGAGGACAAAAGGCUAUGAUGGGGUGAAGCGGUGGACAAAAAAUGUGGAUAUUUUUCAGAAGGAGCUGCUCUUGAUACCCAUUCACCUGGAGGUUCAUUGGUCUCUGGUGUGUGUGGAUGUCCCGCGUCGAGCUAUUACUUACUUCGAUUCCCAGCGCACCCUCAACCGCCGCUGCCCCAAGCAUAUUGCAAAGUACCUGCAGGCAGAGGCUGUCAAGAAAGAACAGAGAGACUUUUUAUCUGGGUGGAAAGGCUUCUUCAAAAUGAAUGUGGCCAGACAGAACAAUGACAGCGAUUGUGGGGCAUUCGUACUUCAGUAUUGCAAGUGUCUAGCCUUGGGACAACCAUUUAGUUUCGGCCAACAGGACAUGCCCAAGUUAAGGAGACUCAUGUACAAAGAACUGUGUCACUGCAAGCUCUCACUGUGAGACUCAGAGGUUGAGCAAGGGAGCGGUAGAAGAAGAGGAGAGAACCAUCCAACCACUUUCACUUCCCAUCGGCAGCCAGGCACUGGCCUUUUGCAAAGCGGAUAUAUAUAUUUUUUUUUUUUCCUUCCCCAUUAGUCUCUUGUACCUCCUCCUUUUCUCUUAACAAUCAUGAUUUUGAACAUAUGGUUGAUUGAGGCCAACUGUACUCAUACCCAGUGUCUGUAGGGAAACAAUACAGCACAUGACGGAUUUGGACUAUGAGGAACACUGAACGGACAGUCGUUAACUAAAUUUCUGCUAUCAGAACUGGGACGCGGCAGCACAAGAGCCACGGUCCACGCACCAAAGCUCUAGCAGUGUUCUUUGUUGUGUUUCCUUUCCAUUUCCUUUUGCAGAGCCACUCCUGACUGCUCCCCUCCAUCACCAGGCCAAGCCUAUCAGGGGAGAUAAAACAGUUUUUUCUUUAACAAGAUGGUGGACAGUCUACUGAUACAAAGAAUAGAACAUUAAAUAGUCAUUCUUGGAGAAAUUUCUGCUCUACGAUUGGUAGCAGUAUGUUCAGUUUGCAGUAUGUUAUCUUUGAUCUGUUCCGAGAUUAGCCAGCUAUAACGUGAUCAUAACUUGCCAGAAUCAUAGCACUUUGCUGGUCUGUCUUCUGUUCAGCUGUACUUUCAGUCUCUCACCUGACUUUGUAUACCUAAGGGGCGAGAGGUGCCUGCUUCCUACCGGGGUGAGCACAAACCGUUAUUACAUUAUCAUUGGGUGCUAGAUUGUUGUGAUGACAUCUAGCAAACAAUGGUGAAUGUUUGAGUGAUUGGCUGCCUAAACAUUUGAGUAAGCAAUGAAUGCAUAUUUGAGCUGGUUAAUCAGAUCAUAAAUCAAAGAUGUAAUACUCAGUACUUAUGAGCAUUUUUUUUCAAAGAACUGUCUGAGAAUUUAUUUAAAAAGUGUUAAUUUCUGAUUUUUACUGUUAGGUUGUCAGCCAUCUUUUGAAAGAAAGUUAACAUUUCUCAGUCUUGAUUGGUGCAACAGCUCUGCUCAUAGCCCUGCUUUCUGUUUGCUAAAAAAAUGUUUUAUGGCACUAAAUUAGCAUGGUUCCACAUUGCAUAGUUUACACUUGGCCCAACAGGAAAAACAGUCCUAAAGCACCUGGAACUACAGCUUGGCCAUUCCGUUUAGUUCAGUUAUGACAGUGGAAAAGCUUGUACUGCUGGUGGUCGCCAAAUAAAGCCUUUUUUUGAUGUGAGUAACUGUUAAGCUAUGUUCACUGAGAAGGAAAGUGUAUAAGAGAAUAUUAAAUUUCUUCAGAAAAAAAAGAAACCAUACUACUUCAAAUAUUAAUAUUUAUGUCAUAAUGGACCA